AUGGCCGCGAACAAUGUUGUUAACAUCAAGUGGGAACACUUUGGUACUUUUCGACGUUUUCAAUUACCUAUGGAUGUUGCCGGUGACCUGUAUCAACUAUUAUUGAUUAAAAUCAACACCGUAGCUCCUGAUUUUAUGGGCAAAUUGGGAUGGGAAGAUGAAGAAGGUGACUUAAUAUGUUUUUCAACUGACGAGGAAUUGCGCGGCGCUCUUCAGACCGCCACAAAUGGCCAACUUCGCAUUCAAACGAUCGAAGAUCUCUCGAAAUGUGAAAAAGAAAAAUCAGAGAGAGACACGAAGAAAGAAAGUAAGAAAGUGAAAGAAAUCCAUCCGUUUGUUACAUGCAAUCACUGCGAUCAGCCACUUUAUGGAAUUCGUUAUAAAUGUUGUGUUUGUGAUGACUUCGAUCUAUGUGAAGAAUGUGAGAAAGAUGGAACACAUCCAGACCAUGCUUUGAUUCGUUAUGCGACACCACGAACACCGAAAGUCGAGCAUCUGCGUCCGAGACGCACUUGGCGACAGCAUAACCACGCUUUUGGUCAUCGUGAUUCGUUUUUACAGGAAGGUAUUUUUGGACGAACUGCUGCGGCUGCUGCUCAUGCUGCCCAAAAUGCAGCUAGUGCUGCAGCACAGCAUGCAGCCAGACAUGCCGCAACACAUGCUGCAGCAGCUGCUACACAUUUGGCCGAAAAUGCCAAAGAGAAUACUGAUGGACUUCCACCACAAUUUCGAGAAUCUGUGGCUCAAGGCAUGGAAUAUCUGAAAGAAGUUGGCUCACAGAUUCAACAGGCGCUUGCAAAUUUUGGGAUCGAUGUUGAUAUGGAUGUACAGCAUGAUGGUGUUACGGAGAAAAUCCCCAAAACACAGGGCCCUACACCGAGAGAUACGGCGGAAAGCAAUACAGCUAAUAAUGAGACGAAGGAUGCGCAAAAGAAAGAUAAAAAAAAUUUUUCGAAGACUGACGAACCUGAAAAUGAGGAUGGAAAACGGAAAAAGGAUGGUCCGACGGCUCAGAACGUUGAAGCGAUUUCGGACGAAUUGGAUGUGCCAAUGAAGAAGAUGCAUAUCUCCGGGCAUAAGGAGACAGAAAAAGUGGAGCAGAAUUCGAAAGAACUAACAUUUGAUGCUGCCGGUUCUGGCGAUGAUAUUUCCGAUGAAUGGACAAUGAUGGACAUCAGUAGUCCAGGCAACAAAUAUCAAUCAAAUGCACCUCUCUAUCCUAUUAUUGAUGGUGGAAAAUGUAUGGCUGGUACGCCUUUUAUAGUUCCGCAACCUGGACCACACAAUCGACAUUGUCAUUUCGUUUACCCAGAUGAACAUAUUGCACUUUGUGUGAUACAGCUGGAAGGAAUGGGUUUCGAUAAUUGUAAUGGUUGGCUAACCAAACUUGCAGCGGACCUGAAAGGUGACGUUAGUGCUGUUAUCGAGGAUAUGAAAAAGGAUCCUGUUUAUGCGAAGCAUUUCGAAAACGAUAUCUAA